AUGGCACCUUUAAAGGCUCUUGCAGCCUUGACUGCCACUGGAAUCAUAAAGUUAGCCUGGGCUAAGCAUGUUCACUUUGAGCUUGACCUGACUUGGCAAAAGGGUGCGCCAGAUGGCAACUUGCGCGAGAUGAUCUUCAUGAACGAGCAAUUCCCCGGCCCCGAACUGCGCAUAGAUCAGGGCGAUGAUGUCGAGUUUGUUGUACACAACAAUAUGCCCUUCAAUACCACCAUUCACUUCCAUGGCAUUGAGCAACGGAACACUCCAUGGUCUGAUGGUGUGCCUGGUCUGACUCAAAAGCCCGUUCAGCCAGGACAUAGCUGGACAUACCGUUGGACCGCCACCCAGUAUGGGACUUACUGGUAUCAUGCCCAUGCUCGGGGUGACAUGUCAGAUGGGCUCUAUGGGCCCAUUUGGAUCAACCCUGGCCCGGAUGUGCCUCAACCUUUUCAUCUUAUCUCGAACAAUACACGGGAUAUUGAAGCAAUGAAAAAUGCGGAGAAGAACCCCCAGCUCAUCAUUCUGUCUGAUUGGGACCACUUAACCUCUUCUGAGUACCAAAAAGCAAUGGAAGAUAGCCGCCUGGGCCUUUCCUGUUCUGACAGUGUUCUCAUCAAUGGCCGCGGAGCGGUCUACUGCCCAGGAGCGAAAAAGAUCUCCAGUGUGGAACUCCCUUAUCUGAAGUCUUUGAUUGGCAACGAGCCACUGACCGACAAGGGAUGCCUUCCAAAUAUCUAUGAAACCCAGGGCGACUUCCCUCCAACCCAUGAGAACCAGAUUCCUCCUGGAUUAAAUUCUGGCUGUACUACUACCACUGGUUUGCACGAGACCAUUGAAGUUGAUCCUAAUGCCGGCUGGGUCAGUCUCAAGUUCAUCAGUGCCGCGUCUAUCAAGGCACUUAUGUUCUCUAUUGAUGAGCACCCGAUGUAUAUCUACGAAGUUGAUGGGAGUUACAUUGAACCUCAGCUUGCUGAGACUGUUAACAUCUACAGCGGCGAGCGCUAUGCUGCGAUGAUCAAGCUCGACAAGCCUUGGAAGGAAUAUACUAUUCGAGUUCCAGAUACCCAAGCUGAUCAGGUCAUUUCUGGAUUUGCUACAAUGAAAUACAAGGGUUCUCAAGACACUAGCGUGUCUCAGCCCUACGUGGAUUACGGCGGAAGAAACACCUCCGCUUCCAUCAUUGCCCUGCAAAACAAGGCCAUCAAGAAUUACCCUCCUGUCACUGUUCCCAAGACCGCUGAUCAGCUUGUCAACCUCACCAUCGGCCGUCUGGGCUCGUCUUACACAUGGACUACUUCUGGCAGUGGCCUGUACGACAUGAUGGCUAACUGGGACGACCCGAUUCUCUACGACAUCAAUGCAAAGAACAACCUGCAGCCGCAGGUUACCAUCCAAACCAAGAACGGGACCUGGGUCGAUUUGUUGCUCCAGUUGGGUGAAAUGCCCAACAGCCCUGCUAUACAGGCCCCACAUGUGAUGCAUAAGCACUCUAAUAAGGGUUUUAUUCUUGGUGUUGGCCCUGGCUUCUUCAAUUGGUCUAGUACCGAAGAAGCUUACGCGGAGCGCCCUGAACUCUUCCAACUGGAAAACCCCCAAAUGAGAGAUACUUUCGUCACUAAUGGCCCCAAGGGACCAACAUGGAUGAUUGUGAGGUACCAGGUUGUCAACCCUGGGCCCUUUCUCUUCCACUGCCAUAUUCAUACCCACAUGGCCAACGGAAUGGCUGUUGCUCUUCUCGAUGGUAUUGAUGUGUGGCCUCAGGUCCCCAAGGGUGAGGACCAGAGCCCCAGAGCCUCAUACUCCUAG